AUGAUUUCGCUUGUGGUUGCAGCUUUGCUCUUGGCUGGUGCCUAUGGAUGUGGUGUUCCAUCCGUUCCACCUGUGGUCCCCAAGGUCGUGGGCGGAGUGGAUGCCGUGCCUCACAGUUGGCCUUGGCAGGUCUCUCUCCAAUACCUAUAUAUGGGUAAAUGGGCUCACACUUGUGGAGGAUCCCUUAUCGCCAACAACUGGGUGAUCACUGCUGCUCACUGCAUCAACAAGCGCAAUACAUACCGGGUGGUGCUCGGCAAACACAAACUCCAGGCUUCAGAACCGGAAUCAGUUGCAGUUGAAAUUGCCCCAGAGAACCUAUUUGUCCACAAAAGAUGGAACCCAAUUUCUCUUGGGAGUGACAUUGCGCUCAUCAAGCUUUCCAGCCCUGUGACCCUAGGGAGGGAGAUCAAUCCGGUCUGCAUUCCUGAAUCUGGCACUCUGCUUCCCAACAAUUAUCCCUGCCACAUCACAGGAUGGGGCCUCCUCUACACAAAUGGCCCCAUUGCCGACAAACUCCAGCAGGCACUUAUGCCUGUCGUUGGCUAUGCAACAUGUUCCCAAGGUGACUGGUGGGGCUCAACUGUGAAAAAGACAAUGGUGUGUGCUGGUGGAGAUGGUAGUGUUGCCGGAUGCAAUGGGGACUCUGGUGGACCCCUGAACUGCCAGGCUGCUGAUGGAACCUGGGAAGUGCAUGGUCUUACCAGCUUUGUCUCCAAAAUGGGUUGCAACGUUAAGAGAAAGCCCACAGUCUUCACCCGUGUAUCUGCCUACAAUAACUGGAUUGCACAGGUACGUUGCCACUUAAUGAAUAGCCAUUAUAAGAGCUGUGAACCAGAUUCUUGCUCAAGUACAGUUUCACAAAUGGAAGACAGCCCUGUGUUCACCCUUCAUGCACUGGUUAAGUCAUUGAGCAAGUGGCAGUGGAUUCAACCACAAAGCACAUUGCAGCCUAGCUAA